UACAAACUCAGUUUUGAGCCGGUUCCGGUCGAAUUAGCGGGCCGGGCCGUCGUCUCGUCUAAUUGCGAUCAUGGAGGAGGUGAAAAGCAGUCUAGAAGAGCUCCGGGGAGCACCAUUGCUCAGUCACUGCCGUGAAAUCCGAAGCCAUGAGCUGCAUCUACAAAGACCCGUAUGCUCCGAUCGAAGCCCGAGUUAGAGACCUUCUCUCCCGGAUGACCCUUCAAGAGAAAGUCGGCCAAAUGACCCAGAUCGAGCGGAGCGUCGCCACCCCUUCAGCCAUUAAAGACCUAUACAUAGGUAGCAUACUAAGUGUUGGUGGUAGUGGGCCAUUUGAGAAUGCGCAAUCGUCUGAUUGGGCAGCCAUGGUGGAUGAUUUCCAGAAGGCCGCACUUGAGUCUAGGCUCGGAAUUCCUUUGCUGUAUGGCAUUGAUGCAGUUCAUGGUAAUAAUAACGUCUAUGGUGCUACCAUUUUUCCUCACAACAUAGGCCUUGGAGCGACUAGAGAUGCCGACUUGAUCCGGAGGAUUGGAGCUGCCACAGCUCUCGAAGUUAGGGCAAGUGGGAUUCACUAUACUUUUUCUCCUUGUGUAGCUGUGUGUAGGGAUCCCAGAUGGGGAAGAUGCUAUGAGAGUUUUGGUGAAGACCCUCAAAUUGUUAAAAUGAUGACUUCAAUGGUCAUUGGCUUGCAGGGAAAACCAUCCCAAGGACACCCUUAUGGCUAUCCAUUUGUCGCUGGAAGAGAAAAUGUCGUUGCAUGUGCAAAGCAUUUUGUAGGAGAUGGUGGCACCAAGAAUGGUAAAAAUGAGGGAGAUACUAUAUCAUCAUAUGAUGACCUGGAGAAAAUUCAUAUGGCUCCUUUUGUUGACUGCAUUUCUCUGGGCGUAUCUACUAUCAUGGCAUCCUAUUCUAGCUGGAACGGCACUAAGUUGCACGAUUGCCGUUUUCUUCUUACUGACAUCUUGAAAGAGAAGCUUGGAUUUAAGUUGAGUUUAUUUGGAUCACCCCACAAUAUCUGCUGUUUUGCUGAUACAGAUGAAACUUGACUUCUAACUUGUGAAAAUAACAAUGUCACAUAACAAUAAGAGACAGAUGCUGAAAGUUGCUGGAUUUUUUUGCAGGGGUUUAUCAUAUCUGACUCAGAAGGCCUUGACAGGCUUUCUAAUCCUCAUGGAUCUAAUUACCAGCAUAGUGUUCUGUCAGCAGUCAGUUCAGGAAUUGAUAUGGUGAUGGUGCCUUAUCGAUUUCAAUUAUUUAUUGAAGAUUUGACGCAUUUGGUAGAGUCAGGAAAAAUACCAGUCAGCAGAAUAGAUGAUGCAGUUGAAAGAAUCCUGAGAGUUAAAUUUGCAUCUGGCCUCUUUGAACAUCCCUUGAGUGAUGGAUCUUUAUUGGGUGUAGUUAGUUGUGAGAUGCAUAAGAAACUAGCACGCGAGGCAGUUCGCAAAUCCUUGGUUUUAUUAAAGAACGGGAAGCAUCCGGGGAAACCAUUUCUUCCUCUGGACCGAAAUGCAAAGAGAAUUCUUGUCGUUGGAAGGCAUGCAGAUGACCUGGGAUAUCAAUGUGGUGGGUGGACAGCGACGUGGGAGGGGAAAAGUGGCAGAAUAACAACAGGCACUACAAUUUUGGACGCUAUUAAAGAAGUUGCCGGGGACAAAGCAGAAUUAACAUAUGAACAAAAUCCAUCCGCGACUGAAACUUUCAGUGGAAAAGACUAUUCUUUUGCCAUUGUAGUUGUUGGUGAAGGUCCAUACGUGGAAUCUGGUGGAGACAGCACAGAUCUCAAGAUUCAUUUUAAUGGAGCGGAACUUCUAAGUAUGGUAGCAGAUGAAGUCCCCACAUUAGCAAUCUUGAUAUCUGGUCGGCCUUUGGCUUUAGACCCAGUGCUGUUGGACAAAGUUGAUGCCUUAGUUGCAGCAUGGCUGCCCGGCAGUGAAGGGGCUGGGAUUGUGGACGUUAUAUUUGGAGAUCAUGAGUUCCAAGGAAGGCUUCCAAUGACUUGGUUGAAAAAUGUCGAUCAACUACCAAUGCAUGCUGAAAACAGUCCAUAUGAUCCUCUAUUCCCGAUUGGUUUUGGUUUGACGAGCAAGAACGAGAUUCUCAAGGGUUAACCGGCCGGCUAUUCACCCUUCAUUCCAGGUUCGAAAAUUUGAGCUUGUUCAUUAAAAUGUAUGUAAUAUGGCAUGUAACAACCUCUAAUUGCGUGAUGUACGGCCAAAAUUUUUUAACAGUUAACCUUCGUAUAGUUUAACCAAGUAGUGUAAUUUGUUUGUCUGCGUGUGAAGUUAUAAGUGCAUUUAGAAUUAGCCUAUUGUUAGGGUCGAACGAAUGAGUCAUUAGGCGAGAGUUUUGAAACAAGAUGUGAAAGGCCUUGUAAUUAGUAUUCAGAGGCAUAUCCUGUUUUUUAAUACUUUCCAAAACUGUUCACUAAAAUGUAGUAGAGGUUCCCAGGUUCUCCAAGGAUUAUUUGAGUGCACGUGCCUGCUAAUUCGAUUAUCUAUGUAUAUCUACAUACAAUAUUCAUACCUACUGGUGUGGACAAUCUGAGCCGUUAGAUUAAAUGUACACCCACACGGGAGUGUGUGUAUGUUAUAUAUAUGAUUUUUCAU